AAUCCAAAGCCCUGGGGAUUGAAAAGAGAAAAUAAAUAUUUUAGCACCAGCCUAAAUUAGAGAGCUAGGGAUGCAUGCAUGAAAGAUCACCUCUGAGCACUUAGAAGCGGACUGCUCUGCCAGAAAGCAUCAUUGCAAGGCAGGCUGUAGACAGGCACCCUCUAUCUUGUUGAAGUAGUUUAAUAUAUAAAAGCCUUCAGCUGCUCAUUACUACUUCUCAGAUGGAAAUUACCAUCUCUGCAUCUGACCAGGUUUAACAGCUGCAGGAGUAGUGCUCCUAGAGAGGUGCAGAGCUUGGUGCAGGUCAAACCGCUGCCCAGAGUGGUUGGAGUGUACUGGGCUGGUGCGAUACCACAGCAGAUUAGGAUGCAACCGCAUGACCAGCCCCAGCAGCAAUAAACAGUUGAGGGUGAUAAUAUCUUAAAUAAUCCCAGCUGCUUACAAUGCAUUUGUGCUGUUACAAUCCCUCAAUAAACGCGUGAACAGCAGCUCCACAACACCUCAUGUCUUAAGCAGAUUGUUCACCGUGCACUGGAAGGUUCAGCUUCUCCCUCCUUGAUCUUAGUUUCCCGUGCUGCUGUCCUCAGUACCAUUCCCCCAAGAGCAAUAUAAUCCAAGGUAGCGCAUUGCAGGAUGGUUGUGUGAGCAGGAAAGCUCUGAAACAAGAGCACUGUCAAUUUGGCCCCCUGCCUCCCUGCUAAAGAAGCUAAAUCCUGCCUAGGCAGCGACAAAUUCCUCCCGAACUGAAGAAGAAAAAGUUCAUUGUUUCCGCUAAGUGCUACACGAGAUCAGAUACCCUGGACAAAAAGCCAAUCUGCAAGCACAGGCUCACCUUCUCCACCAGUAAAGCCUCCGAGUUUCGAGUUUCGGGACUGUUGCUGGAAGCAGCUGUUGCCUGUGUUCAAUUAGCUGGCCUAUCUGCAGAGCAAAGUCCUCCCACUCCUCCUUGGCAAAGUUUGCAGGAGAAAGAAACAGAUGCGCAGGUAGAGACACAUGUCCCACCUACACCUAACCCCAUUUCCUUUUUACCCAGCAGUGCUCAAGUUGCAAAGGUCUUUGGUAUUCUGUCGGGAGAUGUGGAAAGCACUAUCAAUCCUAUCUGACAAGAGCUCACUGACUCUCCUCAUGUAAACAUACAUGUGUUCUCCCACACCCGUGGAGAGCAGCUGGUGAUCGAGGUGGUUUUUCCCUCCUGGCCAGCCCUACAGAUAGCUUCUGGGAGGCUAAAGGUCUGCCUGCUCCUUCCCUCACUUUGCCCUUGGAUUUAAACAUAGCAGGAUAUUUGGAAGGCGGCUCUUUUUAAAAAGAUAAUAAUUGCAGGUCUGAUUCAUAGCCUGUUUAAGGCACUUGGCAAAGCCACAGAGCAGCGUUAGCUUGCCUGGGAAAAACACUGUGGAAAUGCCUGCCACCUUCCCUGACGGAAUGCACCAGAUCCCCCCCAGGACUAGUUUAUAAGAGCUACCCACAGUGAUGCCCUCAAAGAGCAGAGGAGAACCCUCAGCUAUAGAGGAUGACUGACCCUCCUGGGGAAAGACAGCUUUUCUUAGUCUGGAAACUAAACAACAGAAAGACACCAUAGAACAGAUAUAGGGAGAGCUGUCAGACAUGGCUUACAUAUAACCUCUUCUCUGGCCCUUUUUGCAAGAAGAGAGUUAUAGUUUGCUCCGUGGCUGAGGUCUGGAUGAAGUGAGCCUUUGUGAUCAUAGAAAAACAACACUCAGUUAUUUGGUUAUGAUUUCCAGUGAGCAUCUCAACACAAAUGCAAUCAGGAAAGCAGAGGCCGGAGCACUCAUGCUCUGGUUAAUCCCAUCUACUAGAAGUGAUGUUACAGAGCAGGGAGGCAGGAGUCCUAUGUGGCUUGAUGGAGCAUUCAGGGCACACUUAGAUGCUCCCCUCCUCAGCCAUGAGGGAGGGAAUAGUUGUUCUAAAGGGCUGUAAAAUACUUAGAGAAGUUUCUGUAACCUUUAACACCUGAUCCUAAUGCCUUCACGCAACAACGCUAUUACAUAUGGAAGAAAGAAGUGCCAGCUCCCAGUGAGAUGUGACAAAAAAGAUGUACUGGUUCCUCAAGGAAGCCAAAUUUUCCCUAUGCUUUCUGAAGGCCAGAUGGGGAAAUGGAAGUGGAGCAGAGCACGUGCCACCGGCCAAGGUAAGGAGGAAGAGGGCUGCAUUCAAGUGAAGAAACCACAGAGGAGAUGCUUCUUGCUUAUCUGAAAAUGAGUGCUUUGCCUCUUUUCCCCAUCUCGGCUGCUAAAAAGUCGCUCUCUGAUCCUUCUCAAAGUUGGUGCUGCUCCCACCCCAUCUUUUCCAUGGACCUCAAGGUUCACCAAGGUUCAACUCCAAGAAUGAAGAAGAUCAUUUUAGGCUUAGUGCUCCCCCUUCCUUCUCCCCACCUUUUGUAAGAAGUAGUUUAAUGCUUUCUAGAACUUGUGCUGGUCCUUUCCUUCUCCUUUCAGCCCCAUUUAGGAACAUUCACAGGACACAAUAAGAGGCAUGGGCACAGAUGAGAAUGGAGUGGUCUCGUUGUUCUCCCCGUGUUGGCAAGAGGAGCUGCGAGGGCCGACACCGCAGGAUUCCCUGCCUACGCUACUGGGCGGUUCUGGGCUUGCCACUCCUUUGAGCGAGGGUGAAGGGCAACUUCCUCACCUCCUCCUCCUCGCUAUCUGCCCAUUGCUAGGCAGUGGCAGCUCCCUCUCAAGGCAGGAGGGAGGCCCACACGGAAGUCAAAUCCACCGCUCCAUUCACAUGCGACCUCAGGCAGAGUAACAACACUGCAGCGAAACCCCGAAACUUUGGGAGCCUCUCAGCUUGUCCUCAGCCCAACAGACAGAUCGGAGAAAAAGGAGAGCAGGAGGAAGAGAAAGAUUCCAAUUCACCAUGCAGAGGCACUCAAGGUGUUUGCAGAGGAGGGACCAGGUGGUAAAUCCCAUUGCUGUGAGAACACAGAGACAAGCCUGCCGAGCUGCUGCAGACCCUGCUCCCACAACAUCCUUGCUGCCUAGAGAUCCAUACGCAGGAUGAAAUUAUGUUGACUCCCUGGAGAAGUUAUCCCUUUGAAGACUCAGACCCAUUUGCCUUCAUGGAUGAAGAGAAGUGGGAUUUCGUCCUUGUGAGUGACAUCCAUCAAAUGGGCAGUGCAAAAGAGGUCAAGAGGAAGAAGUUCCUGGAUGAGCUGAGCAAGAAGGGGUUCACCAUCAAGAAAAUUGAGGACAAGAAGCUAUUUUAUGGGGUCCGUGCCCCAAAACACUUCUUCCGGAAAUACCAGUGGCUCUUGAGGAACCCCGACAGCAGGCUGCAAGACCUCAAUGCCCACCAGGACAUACCAGUGACCACCAGGAUACGGAUCGUGAACUUCAUCUUGCAUAACACAGUGACACCCGACCUCGAGAAACUGCGUGACCUGAUGAAGAAGAAUGUCUUUGAGGCAGCGUUUCCACUGCACGAGAAAGAAGAGGUAAGGGAAUUCCUGAAGGAGAAAUGGGCUCGCUGGAGGGAUUUAUUUUGCCAACAGCCAAUUGAGAAGAUCAGAUGCUAUUUUGGUGAGAAGGUGGCCCUCUACUUCGCCUGGCUUGGCUGGUACACCUACCUGCUUGGAUUUGCUGCGGCGGUUGGACUGCUGGUCUUUGUGGCUGGGAUUACCGUUUUCAAUUCCAGCCAGGUGAGCAAGGAGAUCUGUGAAGCCAAUGACACCAUCAUGUGCCCACUCUGCGACCAGAAAUGCCCAUUCUGGCUGCUCGCCGACACCUGCACGUAUGCCAGGGUCACUCACAUGAUUGACAACGAAGGGACAGUUGUGUUUGCCAUGUUCAUGGCAAUCUGGGCCACUGUGUUCCUGGAGCUGUGGAAGAGACAGAGAGCCAAAGUGGUCACCCACUGGAAGCUGUAUGGUUGGGAUGAGGAUGAGGAGGAGCUGGCUAUGGAGCUGAUCAACAAUUUGCAGCAUGAACCUCGGCGGUAUCGGCACUCUUACUUGCGCAGCACCAUUGUGCUCCUCUUGGUUCUGCUCAUGAUUGUUGUACUUAUUGGCAUCGCCCACGCACUUGUCAUUUACCGAGUGGUCGCCACAGCUCUCUUCACCCAGAGUGGCUCCGAGUUCUUCCGAGAGCAGGCUAACCUGGUGGCAGUGAUGACAGGGGCUGUGCUGCACUACAUGACCAUUGUCAUCAUGACCAAGGUGCAGACUGCAGCAUGGGAUGGGCGGUCGGACUUGCCCUUUUCCAUCACUAAUUCUCUCUUCUUGUUUUACACCUCUCUCCUGCAGAUCAAUAGGCGCGUGGCCCUCUUUCUCUGUGACUUGGAGAAACCACGGACCUUCUCCCAGCGUGAGAACAACUUUACCAUAAAGAUCUUCAUCUUCCAGUUUUUGACAAACUUUUCUUCACUCAUCUACAUUGCUUUCUUCCUGGGGAGAAUCAAUGGCCGCCCAGGAAACUACGUGCGCAUCGCUGGCAAGUGGAGGCUGGAGGAGGUGAGAGACUUGCCACAAAAUCCUCUGACCCCAUACCACAACUCCUACCUUGCCUUUCCCCAUUGCCCAGCAAGGCACCACCAAAUCCCAGCUUGGCCAAACAGCCCCUCAGAAUUUUCUCUCAUCCCUUUGCAGUGCCACCCCAGUGGCUGCAUCACUGACCUCUUCAUCCAGAUGGCCAUCAUCAUGAUGCUCAAGCAAACCAUCAGCAAUGUAAUGGAGUACCUAGUCCCCUGGCUAGCCCACAAAAUACGCAAGAGGCAGAGGCGCCCCAAGAAGAAACACCUGGUGUUGGGGGAGGAGGAGGAGGCUGAGGACCCCUGCAAAAAGCAGUGGCUCAGCAACUAUCAACUCAACGAGGUCAACAUCUUCAGUUUGUUUGAUGAGUUCUUGGAGAUGGUGAUCCAGUACAGCUUCACCACCAUUUUUGUUGCCGCCUUUCCCCUGGCCCCGUUGCUGGCGUUCUUCAACAACCUCUUCGAGAUUCGCCUGGAUGCCAUCAAGAUGAUGCGGCUGCGCCGGCGCAUGGUGCCCAGGAAGGCCAAUGACAUUGGAAUCUGGCUGCAGGUCCUGGAAGCCAUUGGCAUCCUGGCUGUCAUCGGGAAUGGACUAGUGAUUGCCAUCACAUCCGACUUCAUCCCCGUGCAGGUCUACAAGUACACAUACAGCCCCUGCAUGAAACAAAACACCACUGCUGCCGACUGCUUGACUGGCUACAUCAACCACAGCCUCUCCGUCUUCCACAUCAAGGAUUUUGAGCCGGACACAAAUCUGGCUGAAGAUAUCGCAGAUUUGGUCAAGAAUGGGACUGCAGUGUGCAGGUACCGGGAUUACAGGAAUCAUACAGACUACAGCUACACCGUCCAGUUCUGGCAUGUCUUCGCAGCCCGGCUCGCCUUCCUCAUCCUCUUUGAGCACGUGGCUCUGUGCGUCAAACUGAUUGCAGCCUGGUACGUCCCUGAUGUGCCCCUAUCAGUUAAGAAUCAUCUUCUGGAUGAAAAGCACAACAACCUUCGGAAAGAACUGAGCAUGAUGGAGUACUCCACUGAGGUGUAGCCUCCUCUCACUGAAGAAAGUGAAACACGGACUUGAGCCCCUCUCCCCAGCCUGUCAGCACAGCCAGAGAGACAGCCACGUGCUCUGGCUGUCACCAAGCACAGACUUGAACUGGGGAGCGAUGAAGUGACAGCAGCUUCACAGGAGCAGGAUGCUAAUGACUGGUACAGCCACAAAGAGGAAGAAAGUGGCAGCAGCGAUAGGAACAGCGUCUUCCCAGCACACUCAGCAGCUGGGGAAGGGCUCUGGCACAAUGGAGCCAGCCUCCUCUACAGUCCUCAGCACCAUGUGGAGAGCUCAGCAUGAUUGGCAGCAUCCAGCCACCACUGGGCGAGCAUGACACUGGUCUGCAGGAGAUGACCUGGCUUCCAUGUCAGUCGUUGCCUUCACGUGCCAUGUGGCAUCACGGGAAAAAGUGGCUACCUCAUUCCAGGUUCCCUCUCCAGCUCUUCCUUGCACUUUGGCCCCUUCUUCCUCUGCUUUCAGUGACCUCUCUGCUCUCACACCAUUAAGUAGAUUCAGUCCUUCCUGUUCCACAACACCCAGCACAAUCCUCCUUGCAUGGCUGUGGCUCCAGUCCUUCCUUUUCCCAGACUUUGGGAAAUCACACUUGUUAUUCUGAUUGUCUUUUGCACUGGGCCCCGACAAGCCACUGCAUCUGCUCUAACUCAAACGCAUACCCAACUCAACUACAAGGAAAAUGGUCAAUAAAUACAGGGACUGUACAAACACAAGCAGACAGACCCUCAGCCACCGUGAGUCACUGUAUUCACACUGCUAUCUUUCCUGUCUCCCUUUCUUUGCUAUCCACAGCACCUAAAGAUCAUCCACUCCCACCUCUUUUUUCUUCACAUGGAUAACCAAACAAAGGCUGGAGCUUAAGCAUCUGCACAUAGCAUGGCGCUAGGGUGGAGUGAAAGGUGCUGGCUAGUGGCAGAAUUAAAGGAAGGUGACACUUUCA